AUGAAUGCAUUUAUGGUAUGGUCACGUGAUGAACGUUUAAAAAUUUGUAGUGUUCAACCAGACAAACAUAAUGCUGAAAUUAGUAAAGAGUUGGGCUUUCGCUGGAAAAGUAUGACUAAAGAAGACAAGAGGCCAUAUGAAAUAAAAGCUGAAGAAUUGAGACAGUUACAUUGUUUGGAAUAUCCAGACUAUAAAUAUAGACCUAGAAAGAAGAUUAAAAAACAAGACAGCCAAAAGCCUCAAUUAACUAUACAAAAAGAUAGGGAAAGACUACCUUUGAAUAGAAGCGCCAAUGGAAUAAAUAUGAGAAGCAAUAACAACAACACUAACAACAACACCCCCAAUAAUUACCAGUCCUUUCUAAAUUAUGGCGCCCCUAUAGAAAAUAGAGGACAACAACAAUUUGAACAUUUAGACACCAAACAACAAUAUUUCCACCAAACACAACAAACAUUAUUUGAAGAAACACAACAAUUAAUGCAAGAAACAUCUCCACAUUUCCAACAAACUUCUUUAUUAAAUUCUUCUUUAAAUUCUCCCCAACAAACUAUCCAAACACAACAAUUCUUUACAGGGUUUCCUGAUACUGGUAUGUUUGGGCGCGAAAGUUGUUGGGCGCAAACGUUUGUAAAAUAG